AUGCAGCGAAAAGAGCUCGCAUCUGCAGAAGAAGCCGCGGUCAGGUUGCGAAUCAACGAGAUUCUACGACGGCUCGGCCCCGAUUUUUUUUCGCAUCGCCCAAAGAAACCUGGAUUAGCGGAGAAGAUCGCCGAUGGGAUGAGAUUCGAGGCGGCGCUGCAUGCUGCAGUGAGCGGCGCAUUGGCCAUUCGGGGCGUCCCACCCAUGGCGUUUCACACUUCCGUCGCGGGGCCUUUGCAAGAUGCCGUCUACAAUACCACGGCAGGAAGUUACGACAUCCUGGAGGCGGAAUACCUCGAGACUCAGGGUCCCGGUGGGCGGUGGGGGAUCCCGACGUCAAGCGUAGCGCCUCGAUCAAUUGAUGACGUCCCGGCGUUUAUCCACCUUCUCGGUCUGGAUCUCGACACAAAGGCCUGGUGGGAAAGCGAAGAGCCAGCGUCGCUCGAAGGCGAAGCCGCCCAGGCGGCGUUCGCCGCGCGGCUCAUGAUGACGACCGAAAGGUUUGGAUUUGCGCCCCCGAUCAGGGCGCAUGGUAGCAACGGCUCGACAUUCGUCCUCGCGCCCGACAUCGUCAAUACCGUGGAGCACAUAGAUGCCCAAAUGCAGCAACUCCGCGGUAAACUCGAAGAGCAGCGCUCCGCGCUGCGAAGGGUGACAGAACAAUGCGAGGACCGCUUUCUCGCCGCGUAUCAUUAUCUCUACGAAGGGGCCGCCGCCGCCAGUCCUGAGAUCGGUAUGAUAGAGCGCUACUUUCGCGAGCGCGGCGGGGACAACACAGUUCUCGGGGAUUUAGACCUUUGGGUCGCCGAGUGGUUCAGACGGGGUCGGCCUUCUACUCAGUGA